CAAUGGUUAAGCAGGAAGCCUGUACUUUUAGUUUGCUAAAAAUACCUGCCGGUAAGGGCAAGAAAUACGCCAGAACAGAUGGAAAAAUUGCAUACUUUCUCAACAAAAAAUGCGAGACUCACUUCAAACUAAAGAGAAAUCCUCGGUUGUUCCGAUGGGGUGCAGUUUACAGACGGAAGCGAGAGAAGCAGCAGAAGGAUACCAAGAAGGCCAAGAAAAUAGUUGUGAAGUCGUCGGUACUGACGAGAGGAAUCGCGGGAAUCACGAUGGACGAACUGCUCAAGAAGAAAAACGAGAAGCCAGAGGUGAGAAAAGCGAAACAGGAGGCAGCGAUUAGAGCGCUGAAAGCGAAGAAACGAGAAGUAGCCGAAAAGAACAAGGUCGAAAAGGCUCAAGUGAAAGCAACUCAACCGAAGCCGGCUAAGAAGCAACAGAAAAUCCAGAAUCCUCAGAAGCCCAAACAACAGGGCAAAUCCCGAUAAGCAACUGGUUAAUUGAUUGAAUCAAGUUGAUCCCUAGUUUGUUGUAAUUCACACAACUUUUAAGCUCAAGAUAUGUCAGAUCUUGAAAUAAUAAAAAAAAAAAUGGCAGAAACUGAUUGAGACUUUUGUUGAAAGCUAUAAACGUUGAUCGGGCAAAUAAUCGUAGGCAUCGAAGUCCAAGUUUUUGAAGAAGCUUGAAAGUAGUUUGAGUUAUAAAUUUGUUGUUUUUUCCAAUUGAAAAAAUGAGCUUUGAUUAUAUUGGAUUCAAUGAUGCAAUUUGAUGCUAAGUUUGAAUAUUGGUUAUUGCAAUAGAAAUAAAUUCAAGAAAUCUUAACUGAGAAGUCUUCUGCAAAAGCGGACAGUUAGGCUAGAUUUACUUAAUUAGGCAGCCUCUUUUACUGCGAUUCAAAGAUAAAAAUUCGAUUUGCAGGUAGCAGACAUGAUUCACGUUAGUUGCUUUCUACCCUA